AUGAAGAAACCACUUUUCGGAAAAUAUACAAGGUUUUUUUUGAAAAUAUGGAGCAAUACUUUUGGAAAAUUAGGAGAAGACUGGGUUUUUUUAGCACUUUUGGGAAUCAUCGUUGCAAUAAUAAGUUACACCAUAGACAAAGGAAUCAUGAUGUGUAAUAAAGGACAAAUGUGGUUAUAUCAUGAUUUAUCCAGUGGAUUAUUCACCAAAUGGGUGGCUUGGAUAUGCAUACCAUUCUGUCUCGUGAUGUGGGAUGUCGGGUUGACACAUUUAUUAGCUCCUCAAGCUGCUGGUUCUGGUAUCCCCCAACUGAAGACUAGUCUCAGAGGUGUUUUCAUGAAAGAAGUUUUGACAUUCAAAGUUCUUAUAGCCAAGUGGCUUGGAAUUAUAGCGACUAUUGGUAGUGGAAUGCCUCUUGGCAAAGAAGGACCUUUGAUUCACAUGUCAAGCAUAAUUGUUACCAAAAUGAGCAACUUCAUAUCAAACUUCAAUAAGAUUUAUGACAAUGAGAGUAAGAAGAUUGAGAUGUUGGGAGCUGCAUGGGCUGUUGGUGUGGCUUGCACAUUCAAUGCGCCAAUAGGAGGUGUACUAUUCAGUGUAGAAAUCACAACUGCAUACUAUGCGGUUAGAAAUUACUGGAGAGGAUUCUUUGCAGCUGUUUGGGGAGCUACGACGUACAGGUUGCUGUUGGUAUGGAUUGAUAAAGCACAAACUAUAACUGUCAUUUUCAAAGCAAAUUUUUUCAUUGAUAUUCCUUACGAUCCUUUGGAACUGAUUUCGUUCGCUAUUCUAGGUUUGAUAUGCGGACUGGGAGGAUCAUUAUACAUCAACUGUAAACAAAUGUUUGACCGUUGGGUGAACAAUAACAAAUUCAUCAAAAAAGUGAAAAAAUCUAAUCGAUUCCUUUACCCGGGCUUUGUCAUCCUCUUGAUAUCAACCGUAACGUGGCCUCCAGGUAUUGGUCAGUUUAUGGCAGCAGAAGUUGCGAAUGGACCUCAAGUCAUAGAUCUCUUCAGCAACUUCACCUGGACGAAAGAAAAUCUAACUGUUCUCCAGCAAGAAGUAGUUUCUCAUUGGACCACAGAUAGAACGGGCAUAUUCGCUGAUCUGGCGAUCUAUAUUUGGUACCAAUUCAUAUUUUCAAUUUUGGCAUCUUCUUUGCCUAUACCAAAUGGUUCAUUCAUACCCAACUUUCGGGCUGGUGCAGCUUUGGGAAGAAUUGCUGGGGAAUUAAUGUAUUGUUGGUUCCCUACAGGUAUUGGAUUGUCACAAAUAAUGCCAGGAGCAUACUCUGCUGUUGGCGCAGCCGCAUUCGCUGGUGCUGUAACCCACACUAUGUCGGUCUGUGUCAUACUCUUCGAAAUGACUUCCUCCAUAUCCCACGUGAUACCAGUUCUAAUUGCUGUUCUCAUAGCUAAUGGUGUGGCAAGAUUCUUGAGUCCAAGUAUUUAUGACUUGGUGAUACGAUCGAAGAAACUACCAUAUCUUCCUGAUUUAUUGCCAAAUACCAGUGGUAUAUACGAAGUCUACGUGGAGGAUUUCAUGAUCACCAAAAUGAAAUAUCUCUAUCUUGGCAUGAGCUAUGCAGAACUCAAAGAACUCCUUACUUCCAACCCCAAAAUAAACGUUUUCCCUCUUGUGGAACACUCACAAACAAUGACCCUCUUGGGUUCAAUUCCAAAGACCGAAUUGAUCAUUUUAUUGGACAAGAAAAUUGGAACCGUUAAGCGAAGGCAGUUUCUACCAAGUCCCAUGGUCGAUAGAAGUAAUGACUCUCUAGAAAACGUGGAAAUGAUUCAGUCGACGAGAAAACGAUCUCAUGUGCAUAUAGACGACUCAAGUGACUCAGAGAAGGAGGAUGAGCAAGUGGGCACGAAAAUGAAGACAAUUGAUGAAACUAAGGAACACACAAUUGAGGAGAAACGAGAAGAAAUUCUCAGAAAAUGGAAACCAACAAAAAAAAGUAUUCUUCCUCGUCUUAUUAUUCCAAAAUCUCCACUGCCUGAUAGGAAAUCUACAUUAUCUUUGUCAAAUCUCGAAUCGCCCAGUCUAAGAAUAUGCGAUCUGCCUCUCAACGAACAGCAGGCUUGGGAAAGCGAACAGCUGAAAAGCCAAGUGGACUUCACGACGGCCAGAAUUGAUCCUGCCCCCUUCCAGCUAGUCGAACGCACAUCACUGUUGAAAGUGCAUUCUCUCUUCUCACUGUUAGCAAUAAAUUUUGCUUACGUAACUUCUAUCGGAAAACUGGUUGGAGUUGUCGGCUUGAAAGAGUUGAGGCAAGCCAUCGAAGAUGCGAAUAGUGGAAACCCUCCGAAGAGGGCGAACCAGACUCCGAGGAGUCCUUUGACUCCUAAUACUCCUAUUCCUCAGGUUACAAUUCAAAUAACACCAGAACCCGAAAAAGCUCCUUAAAUAUCUGCGAUUUUUUUGCAGUUGUUUAUCUGAAAAGGCGGUUUCGGAUUUUGGGAGAUAUUUGAAAUAGAUAAUCGAAACAACUUGCUAGGAAGUUGAUUAGAUAAAUUUUGUUGAUAAACAAAUUAGGCUAUCCAAUCUUCCACAAAUAUUGAAUAGGAUUAGGCUUUCCCAUUGCAAAACACAGUAAUUUCAUAAAGAAAAAUGAGUUUUCAAUUUAAAUUGGGUUUCAAUAUAAAUUUCAAGAGUCGUUCAAGCAAUUGAGACAUUAUUUUUGAGGACUGAAUUUGAUUAAAUAUACUGAUUACAUUUAUUAUGAUUUCCACUACAAAAGUUCACAGAACCGCGACAUGUGUUUUGCUAUACGAUAGCUUCCUUUUUAAGAUUGAAACAUUCGAUAUUGUGAAUCUACGGUCCGAUGGUAUAAUUAAUUCCAAUCUAGUUUUAACUACCUGGAAGAGUAGAUAGUAUCAUUUGAUCAACUAGUAAGAAGGUAGAAAUACUCACAUAUCCGUUUCAUCACAGAGUAGCAGCAUUCAACAAAAUGAUUCACAGACUAGUGAAUGUUUGUUUGUCGGAUGUGAAUUUCAGUAAUGAACUGAAUCUAAUAAAUCAGAUUGCGAUAAACAAUGGUUUUGAUAGCAAUUUAAUAGAUUAUUUACUUCCUAAAAAACUAUACAUUCAAGCCAUAAAUGAAAUUCACCUGAUUCCAAGAGACGAGGAGAAAAAUUAUAGAACGUCAACAACUCGUUUGAAGAUUUCUAUUUCUUUUAAAAAUACAGCGUUGAAAACCAAUAAUAACUCGCAUAUGUCAAACAAUUAAAUUGAGCUGAAUAACU